UGAGUUAUCUUAUAAACAUUUCACACAACGUCUCAUUUGAGAGGCUGUCAAUAACUUAAUUCCUAAGGUAAAUAUGUCUGAAGAUAAUUUUGACGCCACUCUGUGCAGUUCAGAGACAUCAGAGGAAUCAGGUAGCCUCUAUGUGUCAGAGGAGGCAGGAAUAUGUAUCCAAUCACCAGCGCUUCAGUUGGAGAUAAAAGAUGCAUGGGCUGAAGAGACCCACUAUAUAAAACAAGUUUCCCAGGAAAAGCUCAUUAAACUGCAUGGAGAGUGGAAGGAGCUCAACUCCAAGUUAGUAGUGACGGUACUGAAACUAAGUGAUCUGAGGGAUGAGACAACCAGGCGGGAGGAAGAACUAGACUGGGUCUGUCUGUUGAACAAGAAAAGUCUCAGGGAGAAAAAUGACACUUAUAUCAGAAAGCUGGAAGAGGAAAAGUUGGUUUUGAGUGAGGAGAAUAAAAAUAUGACUGCUGAGCUGGCCCGGAUCAAAUCUCUGAGAGAGAAACUAAGGACUGAAAUUGAAAAUUUGAAGGCAACAGUGAAUGAUCUACGGAAAAAUGAGAAGGUCCUUAAUGACAACCUCACUGCUGAACUCGACCAGCUAAAAUCUCUCAGAGAGAAAAAACAUGCAGAGGUUGAACAGCUGAGGACAGUAUUACAUGGUCUUCAGGACAAUGAGAAGAUUCUGAACGAGCAGAACGAGAAUCUCACUGCUGAAGUGGCCCAACUUGAAAGUCUGAAUGAGACAAACCAAGCAGAGAUUAAACAGCUGAGGGCAGCAGUGUAUGACCUCGAGCAUCACGAUGAGGAAGCUCAGCUAGACCACAGUGGUAAAGACGAGCUAUUAGAGAAGGUUGCCGAACUUGAACACCUGAAAAAGACCUUGGAAGUAAACAAUAAACAGCUUCAGGAUUUGGGGGAAAGAGAGACCUCUCUGUACGAGCAAAAUAAUACCAUGGGUGCUGAACUGACCUCGCUUAAAUUAAAGAUGAAAAUAAAACAGGCACUGAAUGAACAUUUAAUGGAAGAUGCUGAUUAUCUGCAGGAUUUGAGGGAGGAACAACAGGCAGAGAUUGAAAAGUUGAGAGCAGCACUGCAUAACCUUCAGGAAUACGAAGAUUUCCUGAACAAGCAGAAUGACAACUUUACAGAUGAGCUGGCUCAACUUGAGUCUCUGACAGAGAAACAAAAUGAGGAGAACAAAAACCUGAAGACAUCUGUGCAAGAUCUUCUGCAUCGGCUGGAGGAGGUUAGGCAACUAAUCUUGAAUAAAGAUGAGCCGAUAGCAAGGAGGUACGAGGAGGAGAUACUAGCAGAGGUAGCAAACUACAGAGAGGAAUGUAGGAUGGCUGAAAAUACAGAACAACUGGACUCACAUGAGGAGCAGGGUGAUGACAGCUUCCUGGUGACUACACCUGAGGAGCAGGGAGACGAUAGCUUCAUGGAGAUUACACCUGAGGAGCAGGAAGACAAUAGCUUCAUGGAGAUUACACCUGAGGAGCAGGGAGACGAUAGCUUCAUGGAGAUUACACCUGAGGAGCAGGGAGACGAUAGCUUCAUGGAGAUUACACCUGAGGAGCAGGAAGACAAUAGCUUCAUGGAGAUUACACCUGAGGAGCAGGGAGACGAUAGCUUCAUGGAGAUUACACCUGAGGAGCAGGAAGACAAUAGCUUCAUGGAGAUUACACCUGAGGAGCAGGGAGACGAUAGCUUCAUGGAGACUACACCUGAGGAGCAGGGAGACAAUAGCCUCAUGGAGACUACACAUGAGGAGCAGGAAGACGAUAGCUUCAUGGAGACUACAUUUAAGGAGCAGGGAGACGAUAGCUUCAUGGAGACUACAUUUAAGGAGCAGGGAGACGAUAGCCUCCUGGAGACUACACCCGAGGAGCAGGAAGACGAUAGCUUCCUGGAGACAACAGCUGCAGAACCUCCCGCUGCUGAGGUUCAGACCAGACGUUUGUGGCGUUGUUCUGCUAAAGGUCUACUGAAAGGUGCUUUGCAUGUUGGCCUUGCCACUGUAGGUAUAGGGCUACUUCUGCCUGUGGGUAUCCUGGACACCUUAUUGUCUGACAACGGCAAUACAAACCCUAACUCCUUCCUGUUGGACUACGCCCACCAACUGAUGGAGCCCUAUAGUACCUUACGACGCACAUUUAAUCCCUAUAAGGUAAAUAUGUCUGAAGAUAAUUUCAAGGCAGCUCUAUGCAGUUCAGAGACAUCAGAGGAAUCACGUAGCCUCUAUGUGUCAGAGGAGACAGGAAUACCUGAGCCUUGUGGGCCACAAAGAGUUCAUGAGCUGGAGAUGAGCUGCAGAACCUAUCAAAUGCACAACUCUAAGCUCCAAUCAGAGAUAAGAGCGCUUCAGCUGGAGUUAAAAGAUGCGAGGGCCAAAGAGACCCACUGUAUAAAACAAGCCCGAGCUUCCCAGGAAGAGCUCACUAAACUGCAUGGUGAGUGGAAAGAGCUCAACUCCAAGUUAGCAGAGAUGGUACUAGAGGUAACUGAUCUGAAGGAGGAGAAAACCAGGUUUCAAGAGUCAGUCAGUGAAAACACAAAAAUGAAGGAAGAACUGGCUCGUGUUUCAAACCUUCUGUUGUGUUUCAGGGAGAAAAAUGACACUUACAUCAGAAAGCUGGAAGAGGAAAAGUUGGUUUUGAGUGAGGAGAAUAAAAAUAUGACUGCUAAGCUGGCCCGGAUCAAAUCUCUGAGAGAGAAACUAAGGACUGAAAUUGAAAAUUUGAAGGCGUCAGUGAAUGAGCUAUGGGAAAAUGAGAAGACCCUUAAUGACAACCUCAAUGCUGAACUCGACCAGCUAAAAUCUCUCAGAGAGAAAAAACAUGCAGAGGUUGAACAGCUGUGGGCAGCAUUACAUGGUCUUCAGGACAAUGAGAAGAUUCUGAACGAGCAGAACGAGAAUCUCACUGCUGAAGUGGCCCAACUUGAAAGUCUGAAUAAGACAAACCAAGCAGAGAUUAAACAGCUGAUGGCAGCAGUGUAUGACCUCGAGCAUCACGAUGAGGAAGCUCAGCAAGACCACAGUGGUAAAGACGAGCUAUUAGAGAAGGUGGCCGAACUUGAACACCUGAAAAAGAAAAUGCAGACAGAGAACAAAUCCGUGUUGGCAGAACUGCAGGACUUAGAGGAAAGAGAGACCUCUCUGAACAAGCAGAAUACAAUCGUCAGUGCCGAACUGGCCCUGCUGGAAAAAUUUACAGAGACAAAACUGACAGAGAAUGAACAUCUGUGGGCAGAAGUUCACGAUCUACAGGAAAAUGAGAAAAUCAUGAAGGAGAACAACAGGAGCCUGACCGGUGAGGUGACCCGCCUUGAAUCUCUGAGAGAGAUGAAACAGGAAGAGAAUGAAAGUUUGAGGGCAGCAGUGCGCGAUCUUCAGUCUCAAGUUAGAGAAGCCCAGGAAGUCAACAGGGAUAGACAUGAGUUAAUACAGAAGCUGACCCAUGCUGAAUGUCUGAUGGAGAAAAAACAGGCUGAGAUCAAACUGCUGAGGACAGCACUGCAAGACCUUCAGGAAAAGGAAGACUUUCUGAACAAGCAGAAUGAGAGAGCUGCCGAUAAGCUGGCCCGUCUUGAGUCUCUGACAGAGAAACACAGUGAGGAGAACAAAAACCUGAAGACGGCGGUGCAAGAUCUUCUGCAUCAGCUGGAGGAGGCUUGGCAACUAAUCCUGAAUAAAGAUGAGCUGAUAACAAAGCAAAAGAGGGAAAUUGCUUAUAAGCAGGAAAUGAUGGAGGAGCUUUACAUCCUCAGCACCGAUAGGAAACAGUCAAUACGUGAUCUUAAACACCAACUAGAGACGAGGCAGGAGGAGGAGAUACUAGCUGGGGUUGCAAACUACAGAGAGGAAUCUAGGAUGGCUGAAAAUACUGAACAACUGGAUUCACCUGAGGAACAGGGAGAUGACAGCCUCCUGGAGACCACAGCUGCAGAAUCUCUGGCCAGAAGCUUGUGGCGUUGCUGCACUGUAGGCCUUCUGAAUGUUGUCAUUGCCUCUGAGGGUAUUCUUAUUCCUGUGGGUAUCCUGGCCAGCAGACUUAUGUCCAACUGCAAUACAAACACUGACUCCUUCCUGUGGGACUGUGCCUACAAACUGAUGGAACCCUACCGUGACUUCCAAUGCACAGACCCUCAUCCCUUUUAAACAAGACAAGCUACACAAGCAAGACCAUUUUCAAUCAGAACAACAGAUUCUGCAGUCUAAUUUCUAAGCUGUGUAUUAAUUUGUAUGAAUUAUGAACCUAUCUAUAUAUAUUUUCAUAAUUCAUAUUUAUAAAUGCAAGGGCGGUACGGUGGUGGAGAGGUUAGGACUGUUGCUUCACAGGAGACGGGCCUUUCUGUGUGGACUUUCUUUUCUUUCUGCUGAGGACAUGCAGGUUAGGUCCAAAGGUGUGAAUGUGAGUGUGGAUGAUGACCUCUCAUCUAAUGUGAGCUGGAAUUGGCUUAUAUUGGGUGAGAGGUAUAGUAAAUGGAUGGUUGGAUGUAUGAGAGAAAUCAAAUUGAA